GAGUAACCUUUGACGGGAAGAGUCCAAACACACAACUGUGCAUCCCAAAUGGUACCCCGCUCCCUUCAUAGUGCACUACCCAUGACCAGGUCCCUUGGGCACUACCUUGGACCAGGGCUCUUGGGCAUUAGGGUGCCAUUUGGAAUGCAGACACUAACUUUUUCCCACACAGGCUUUUGCCACACCAGUGCUCUGAACAUAGCAAAGGUCAAUUGUAUUUUAUAAACUGUGUGGUUUGUGCCCUGGAUGCUGAUUGUCUCAUAGCUGUGGUAUAUCAGACCGUAUACCACGGGUAUGACAAAACCAGUCAUUUGUUUCCUUGGUAACCAGUUUAUAAUAGCAAUAAGAUCCCUCAGGGGUUUGUGGUAUGUGGCCAAUAUAUCAUGGCCUGUAUCCAGGCACUCCGUGUUGAUUUGUGCAUAAGAACAGCCUUUAGCUGUGGUAUAUUGGCCAAAUACCACACCCCUCUCAUGCCUUAUUACUUAAGUAUACUAUACCAAAGCAAUACUGUUUGUCUGUAGAAAAAACUCUUACUAAGAAAUGUAUUCAUUGGGAGAGUAUAAAAAUGGGGCAGCAGGUAGCCUAGUGGCUAAGAGCAUUGGGGCAGUAACCAAAAGAUCACUGGUUUGAAUGAGCACACAACUGUACAUGAGAUGAGCAUUAAAAAAAGCUUUUUAUUUUUGCGAUCCUGGAAUUUGCCAUAGAAAGGAGUCAUUUUCCUGGCACUAUAACUGUGCAACUUUCUGACAUUUGAAGAACAUUUGACCAUAGCAGGACAGCAGAGCUUUGACUGGACCCCUCUAUCCCAGCACCAGUGUUCUAUACACACAGACACAUCCAUGAAGUAUAGACAUACUGUUGAUAUAGAAAUACAAGAUAAAUAUAGUGAUACAUGUUGUAGAUAUGAUAGAUAUACUGUAGAUAUGGUGUAUAGAUAUAGUGAAACCUAGAUACUGAAGCCAUGUUCGCUCUAUAUGCCACAGCUCUCCUCUGCUUCCUGUCUUCGAGCCAAUCAGCUCCUGCUGCUGCUCUAGGCUGUGAGGACCUCCUUAAGCCCAUGGAUCCACCACAACUAGACCAGCAGCUCUUGGGAAGAUGGGCCCUCGUCGCAGACAGUGUGAGCCACCCCUGGUAUUUCUCAACCAUAUUAGCUCUCAAGGUAGCACCCUAUUCCCUACAUGGCACCCUCUUCCCUGUAUGUAGAGCACUGCUUUUGUCCGUGGUCUAAAUUAAAGCUUUAUGUAGGGAAUAGGGUGCCAUUUUGGAUUAAAUUGCAUUUUACUUGUCAUUCCCCAUUAUUCAUUGUAAUUGUUUUUUGAUUGUUGUGGCUGCUGUAUGAAAACUAAUAAUAACCACAUCUCUUCUCUCACAGAGAUAAGACAGUCACCAUGGAGUUUACAUCUGCUACCAACACCAGAACCGGAACCGGCAUGGCGGCUGGUGCAAGUAGUGUAUAUACCCGACAGCAUCUCCAUUGUCAACGGCAACAGCACCUUCCAGUUAGACAUGAGGGGCUUUUGGAACAUCACUGGGGUCUCCCUGGAGACCUCCUGCCCAGACUGCCUGGUGAUGAGCCAAUCAGCUCCUGCUGCAGCUCUAGCCUGUGAGGACCUCCUUAAGCCCAUGGAUCCACCACGACUAGACCAGCAGCUCUUGAGGAAAUGGGCCCUCGUCGCAGGCAGCUUGAGCCACCCUGCAUCCCUGGAGAGUCUCAAGACCAGAGACGGCAUCGCCAUGGAGUUUUCACCCUCUACCCCCAACACCACCCAGAACUCCAACACCGCCACAACCGUCCACUACACCCAGACUAACCGUUUCGGCAGCCGAUGCGAGUCUCUAACCUACAAUAUCUCACUCAUCAACGACAACAGCACCUUCCAGUUCGACGUGGGGGGCCGAUUCAACCUCACUGGGGUCUUCCUGGAGACCUCCUGCCCAGAUUGUCUGGUGAUGAAGUGGGAGGUGAGCUCCAGGAGGAGGGAGUCCACGGACCUGUACCUGCUGAGGAAGACGGAGGGUGGGAGAGAGGUGGAGGAAGAGGAGAUGGAAGAGUUCAGGAAACAGGUGGAGUGUAUGGGGCUGCCGCCGCCAGUGGUGAUGGAGCCGGGGGAUGCCCUCUGUGGUUCCUAUCAGCUCCCCUGGAAACACUGAGGAGGAGGAGACGAAGACGAAGCUCGAUCAGAGAGUGGGGGCCGUGAGACCGAUGUAGAGACACGUUUUCUGUCGUCUGUUUUGUAAUCCAACAUUUCUGUGUUUACUGUUUGUCGAUGACCUGUAGAAUUUUGGGGGAAAAAGAUGCACGAUUUGUCAUAUUAUUCUGUCUUCUUUGCUUCUUUAACAGAUGUAAUUACGUUCACAGACUGAUUUAAUGUCCCAGAGCUGAAGCUAAUUCACAGAGACAGUGGGAUCCAGCAGGAAUGUUGGGACGUCAUUAGGACUCGAUGCACAAUGGGAAAGAAAAGUAUUUUAUAAUUGGAUUACUUUUGUAUAAUUUGGCAUAACCUCAUUUGUCCAUGCAUUAAAGUGCUCAUACUGUUAAUUCUCAGAUUAAACUGGAUGGAACAGUGAACAA